AUGGUGUUGAGUAGCGAAGAUGGUGAAUUAUCUCCCACGCGAGCAACCCUUACCCUCAAUACUACGAACCAUGUACAAAUGCCCCAAAGAGUUGAGAAAAUCGUCCAGUCAAGACCUAGAGGUCCCCCGACUCCAAAUAUGAACACACCGGCCGACCCAGAUUCUCCCACUCACUCGAGUCACGACCCUCCCCCACCCCCGACACCCGCUGCGAGUCCCGGCCCUGAUCAUACACAACCAGACUGGAGCGAUGCUGGAGAUCAGGAGGAUUUUUUUCUCUCCCAGAUCCGACAGUAUUUCAAGAAUAGAACGCACUCCGAACGUACGAGGAUAUUGGGUGAUCUAUUGAACCUAUGCACCAGCCAACAGCUGAGCUUUGUGCGUCAAUAUGUUGACCCAUUACUAAAAAAAGACCCUUUUACCAGUCUACCAAAUGAGAUCUGCUUGCGGAUUCUCUCCUGCAUCGAUGACCCCAAAGUCCUCGCCCGAGCAUCUCAAGUAUCGCAGAGAUGGAGGGAGUUGCUGGCAGAUGAUGUGACAUGGAUGAAAUUAUGUGCAAAGCACGAUUAUGGCCGACGACUGUCAGAGAACCAGAUCUCCAGUCCUGCGUUCAGCAAUGUUCGACCACCUGCAAAUCCACUACAGGGCGGAUACUACGAAUCAGGCGGUGAAAAUCAAGGUUCCACACAUAGUUUCCCUGCCGGUACCUCUGCGCCCUACGCCCAGGGAAAUUCGAGAAGCUUUGAUAGCUCGAUGAGUUCUAGCACCUUGAGAAGGCCGAAGAUCAGAUCGUACAAAUCGCAUUUCAAGCAAAGAUAUCUAGUGGAAACUGCGUGGAGAACUGGUGGGCAGAACAUUGCGAGACACAUCACACAGGAUCAAGGGGUCGUGACGAGUCUGCAUCUGACGCCGAAGUAUAUUGUGGUGGCUUUGGACAAUGCCAAAAUCCACGUCUUCAGUACCGAUGGCAACCAGCAGAAGACAUUGCAAGGUCAUGUUAUGGGAGUCUGGGCGAUGGUUCCUUGGGAUGAUACCCUGGUUAGUGGUGGCUGUGAUCGGGACGUUCGAGUGUGGGACAUGUCUACUGGUGAGAGUAUACAUACCCUUCGUGGGCAUACCUCGACCGUCAGAUGCUUGAAGAUGUCCGACGCAAAUACUGCCAUCUCUGGAUCGAGAGAUACAACUCUGAGGAUUUGGGAUAUCAAGACCGGACUUUGCAAGAAUGUGCUCGUUGGCCAUCAAGCUAGCGUAAGAUGUCUGGAAAUUAAAGGAGACAUCGUGGUAUCUGGCAGUUACGAUACCACGGCAAGGGUAUGGAGUAUCUCUGAGGGCAGAUGUUUACGCACGCUUUCCGGCCAUUUCUCCCAGAUCUAUGCUAUUGCUUUUGACGGAACGAGAAUAGCAACGGGUAGUCUUGAUACUAGUGUCAGAAUUUGGGAUCCGAACAAUGGGUCUUGCCAGGCUAUUCUGCAGGGGCAUACAUCGCUUGUUGGUCAGCUCCAGAUGCGUGGCAAUACCCUCGUGACUGGUGGCUCUGACGGAUCAGUACGGGUUUGGUCUCUGGAGAAAAUGGCUCCCAUCCAUCGAUUGGCUGCACAUGACAAUAGCGUGACGAGUCUGCAAUUUGACGACACUCGCGUUGUUAGCGGAGGCAGUGAUGGUAGGGUCAAGGUGUGGGAUCUCAAAACCGGCCAACUGGUUCGUGAACUCUCACAACCAGCGGAUGCAGUUUGGCGGGUGGCUUUUGAGGAAGAGAAGUGCGUUGUCAUGGCCAGCAGGUCUAAUCGCACCAUCAUGGAGGUAUGGUCAUUCUCUCCACCGGAUGAUGCUCUAUACGAAAGACAACCUACCCCCGCGCAACGCUUGCUAAAUACGCCGCCGAGACCACUCAGUGCGGUCGAGUACCGAUCAAGUGGAACGCAAGAUCAACAAAUGUCAGGACUUUCAGCACCCGACGCUGCCUAUGCGCAGUCUGAUAUUGAUAUGGCGGAUGCCGGGCCUUCCACCGCACCCCCACAAGCCACUGGACCGACCUUCUUCCAUGAUGACGAUUGA